UAGAUUGCUGCGCCUGGACCUCAGCAGGUCCCCCCUAACAGCAGGGGGCGCUAAAGGGCGCUUCGGAACUACGUCCUGUGUGUGUUCGGGAACUUCCGGGUGAAAAUAGCAACUUUCUGCAGAUUGAAAACAAACCGAAGGGCGGAGGUUCCGUUGGAAUAUCAACAGAACCCGGACCGCGAACAGCGGUUCUGUAAUGAGCAGGUGGCCGAACUUGACUGGGUUCGGUCGGUCAGCAUGGUGAAGUGUUUGGUCUCCGGCUGUCCGAACCGCGUGGAGGGAUCCAAUCAUGGAGUGUUCAGCAGAACCCAAAAACGGUUCUUCAAGUUCCCCAAAGACCCGACUAGAGUGAAGGUGUGGCUGGCAGCCCUGAGGCAGGCCGAGCAGCAGGAGCCGUCGGAUCAGAAGCUGAUCUGUGAGGAUCACUUCCUGCCUGAGGACAUCUCCUCUAACGAGGUCAGCGCCGACGCCAUCCCCAUCAUGCCGCCCUGCCCGGACGGGCCGCUGGGUCUGAUGGAUCCGUGGGGAGCCGGGCCAGAGGAGGAGGAGGCGGACCAGUGGGCCAGCGGUACCGCCGGGCCCGAUGAGGAGUACGAGGAGGAAGGUGGAGGCAGCCUUCCCUUCAACACCAAGCUCGCUCUACCAGAACUUCCUCCACUGGAUCCAGCAGAGAACCUCGAACUGAAGGUGGCGCCUCUCACAGUGGCUCCCAGAGAAUCCUUGUUCAGCCGAUAUCAGCAGGAGCCGCUGCUUCCGGCCAGGAUCCACACCAGAGAGGAUGUUUCUCUGCCGGUUCUGACCCGUCGAUUCCUGGAGCUCUUCGUGAAGAAUCCAGACGGUACCUUGGACCUCCGGACCGCCGUCAACAGCCUCAGAACCCGACGGCGCCGGGUCUAUGACAUCACCAACGUUCUGGAGGGGAUCCAGCUGAUCAAGAAGGAGUCUUUGUCUGUGUGCAGAGGCAGCUGUCCAGCCUCCAGCUUUCUGGGUCAGAACUGGUUCCAGUCUGAUGCGUCUGAACUGAAGCUGGUGGAGGAAACUCUGGACUCUCUGAUCCGGAUCAGCGCCCAGCAGCUCUUUGAUCUGACGGACGACCCGGAAAACUCUGCGCUGGCCUACGUGACCCACCAGGACCUCCAGCGGCUGAAGACCUUCCAGAACCAGACCUUGAUGGUGGUGAAAGCUCCUGAGGAAACCAAGCUGGAGAUUCCGGCUCCCACAGAGGACCGCAUCCAGAUCCACCUGAAGGGGGGGGUGGGCCCCAUCCUGGUGAUGACCUGUGACAUCGACACCGAAGGAUCCAGGGAGGCCGGCGGCGGCUUCCUGCCACUGGAGGACAGUCGGAUCAAGACGGUGGAGCUGCACACAGGACCACAGAGCACGCUCCAGGAGACGUAGUCUCACCCCGGCCAGCAGGGGGCGCCAGCAGACGGGAAUAAUGGACAUUUUCUUGGUUCUUCUGGAGAACCGUUCAGACGGCUGGAAGGUGGAACCGUCUCACAACCUGCCUGACAAAUCCAGAUCUUUAUUAGGAAGACCUGGACCUGGACCUGGACCUGGAUCUGGAGGCGUGAUCAUGAAGAGGCUGUUGGGAGCUGUAAUUUCCCACCACCAGUGAACUUUUUUUUUUCUUCUUUUGUUCAUUUUUUUUAUCAGUAUUUCUUUGUAUUUUCUGUUAUUUUAUUUUUUUUAGCCCAGAACUUUCUGACAGAAACGGACCUACAGGACGUUUUGAAAUAAAUUGAUCCAAUAAGUGUUUCUGA